UUCACAGGAAGCUGGACCAGCAAUGGCUCUGCUGAAGGUUCUGCUGCUGCUACUGGGGCUGGGUGUUUCAGUGAACUCAGAUGUUUCUCUGCAGAAGAGAAUGAUUGGAGGUAAAAACUGUGAUAACGCAGAGCGUCUUUAUCAUGUUCGGCUGGAGUUCAUGAGAGGUAAUAGAAAGUUUGUUUGUGGAGGAUCUCUGAUCCACUCUUGGUGGAUCCUGACUACAACUCACUGCUGGAAGUUUUUGCCAGGAUGGACAAACAUAGUAAAGUUAAGAGUUCAUCCAUCAGGUGCUGGGGAGCAGAGUCAGGUAAUCCAACAWGCUCCUGAGAUUUAUACUCAUGGCGACCAACACCAUAGCAUUAUGUUGCUGAAGCUUAAUAUACCAGUAACAGAUGUCCAACCUGCUCAGCUACCAAACUGCAAAAAUCGUCUUAAAGUAGGCAAUGUUGUUCAGCUGGCAGGAUAUGGAACGACGACAACCGCACACACUAAUCAGCAAAUACCCGCUGUUGCUAAUCCAUCACUUCUUCAGUGUGUCAACAUGAAUAUUGCUAAGUUUUCCGGUUUCAUCCCRAUAUAUGGCCAUGUAUUCUAUGUUAACGCACCCAAAAAAUACAUAUGUUAUGCUGACUAUGGUGGAGCAGCGGUGUACAACGACAUGAUUUAUGGUGUGAUUUCUGUUGGUCACCCACACUCCGCAUGUCAGAGUCCAGCUGCAAUCAUUGAUGUGUGUGAAUACAUGGACUGGAUAAAACAAAAAACUGGGAUUCAAUAAAACACAAACUACCAUGAAAUAAAAUUCUCAUCAAAUUUCCUCUCACAUAUAAUUUUAUAAUUGUAUCUUCAUCAGUUUGAUCCACAUGUUUGUACAAUUAGAAUAAAUUGUUUUGUUUUUUCUCACCUGAUCUUCACCUCCUUAAUGGAGUUUUCUCUUCACCUCAGAAAUGAAAAAUAAAUCAAUAAAUGCAUGAAAAAGAAACA